AUUCGUUCCUGUCAAAGCAUGAGCCUGAGCUAGGCCAAGCUCUCAGCUGAGUGUACAACACAAUAGUUGCAAAUAGUUUCAUGUCAGCUUGGUGUGGUUAGCCUACUUCUAAAGAUUUGGCGAACAAAAUUUAUUCCACACAUGUUUCAAGGCUACAAAGAUUAAAGUCAAUUCAAUUGACUGUAUAACACCCAUUUUGACGUUGAGUGAUGAAGUUAUUGGUGAAGUUAAAAUUUUUAUUUAGUUUGUGUUAUUCAGGAGAACAUUGCCUUGUCAUUAGAGAAGAAUAACCGGUUAUUGAAAUAUUUUCGAGAUUGAUGAAAGAUCCAGAAAGUACCAAUUUAUAUUUUAUCAUGAUUCUUUUGAAGAAUAAGCUCCACUUUUGACAGUUGUUUUUAUAGAAACAUUGAGAUAUUGGAAAGUGUCAUCAAAAUUUCUUCAGUAAUUGAAUUAAUUAUUUAAUGAGAGGAAAAAUAAGUUUCAAACAAAAAUAUCAAAAUUUAAACUCCCAAGAAGCAAUGCAACAAGAGAUAAAUAUAUUAAGAAAAAGAAAUAUGAUGCAACGUAAAUAGUGCCAAAUGUGUAGCUGAAAAAAGCUACUUAUUCAAUAAUGUAAAUUCAUGACUCAUUCGAAUGAAGAAUAAAUUAAAAAAAUUUUUGCUAAAUCAGCAGUAAAUGAAACAAAUAUAUUUUUGUCAUAUAAGACUUUAUUAGGAAAGAAGAUUUAACAUAAUUUUUGUAAAUUCUAAUGACUUGAGAAGAAAAUAUUCGAGAAGGAAAUAAAACUUGCACAAUAUAAAGAGGACAUAAUUUAAAAAAAAAAAAGUUUUCCAAAAUGUUUCUCUUGACUUCUGUAUUUCAUCGUGUGACAUUCUCAGUGGUGGCACUUUUACUGCUUUAUUUUAUAUUCAUGGAUAUGAUGUUAUAUUCCAGAGUACAUAAAUACUCGAUAAAACCAAACGAUAAUAAACCUGAAUACGAAGGAAUAAUUCCAUGUUCCUUUGAUCCUUUAUGCGUGGUAACUGUGAAAGGCCUAAUGUUAGAUCAUCCAAAUUAUUAUCUACUGGGCCCGUUAGCUGCAAUUGUAAAUCAAGCUUUUGGAAUCAGUGACUGCAAAUGGAUUUCACCUAAUUUAAUUAGCGGAUUCCACGUGCUGGUUGCUAUAGCAGCGGGAAAAUGUGCCUCGAGUGAUUCACUCUCCCAGAGGCGACUUGCCGUAUUGCUUUUCGAAAUUAGAACGUGGUUAGAUGACUUAGAUGGGCAUGUAGCUAGGAAAAGGAAACACAUUAAUGGAGAACAUUCGGAUGUUGGUUCCGUUGGAUAUUUCGUCGAUGGAAUUUGUGAUGCACUCGGCUGUAUAGCAUUGAUGAUUGGAAUAUUCUGCUAUUUUCAAAAGAAUCCACCUGGACGAGGUUAUGAGAAGCUGAACAAUGUGAUACCACUUGUGGAGAGUCGUGACGUUGAUCCAGAGACUAUUUAUAAGAGACGACGCUCGAGAAAUGUUAUUGGAACGGUAAUACUUUUUGUUGGCUAUUUACUGGUCAGUAGCGUCGGUUGGAAUCGAUAUAUUUCACUCUAUCAAGAUUUAUUGGAAACCGACGCAAGCUCGUCUUCCAUUACUAAAGAUGAAUUGCUUAUUAGACAAGCUAAAGUUAUGCAAUCGAGUUCAUUUUGGGCGAUGUCUACUGCCUGGAAACUUGUCAAUUUUCAUAUUGCCGUUGACUGUAUGCUCUUAGCCAUGUUUUUAGAUAGACUUUGGGAAUACAUGAGAACUUUACGAUGGCUUGGAUAUAUUGUUGUUCUCGUUGUGGUUUAUUUCACGGAAUUUCAUUUUCUCGAAUCUUAUGCAUUCGUUCAUGGUUCCGCACCUACAUUUGAAAUCAUGUCAACCGACACUAUGCCUACAUGGAACGCGACGAAUGUUCAACGAUAGUAAUUUAGAGAAAAAUUUCGUUAUUAUAUUUCGCAGAAUUUCUUAAGAAAUGGAUCGCAUUAAACUUUCCACCUAUAGGUACUAUAGGUAACACAUUUUUUUUUUACUUCUAUUCCAGGCUUCGCACUCAUCUACUAAAAACUAUUAUUUACUGUGGCAUUUCAGGAGAAAUUUACUACUUUUCGGAGCACCCUCACCGAUUUCUUUCAAACUUGGUAGUAUUACAUUUGUUGGUCUAAAGUUUCAGAAAAUCAAUUUUUUAAGUAAAAUCAAUUGUUUAUUUAAAAGUUACAACAAUUGCUCAAAAUUGUUUAAAUGCCCAUAUCUUUUAAACGGUACAAGAUAAUUGAGUUUUCUUUUUUGCUAAAAAUUCAUAAAGACGAGACGCUUCAAAAAUUUUAUUAACAUUUUUUCUUAUUUUGUUAAUUAAAAAAGUUAUUUAAAUAAAUAAAAUUAACUUUUGAGCCGGAUUUCAAAAUCAAAUGACUUAUGAACCAAAAAAUUCCUUGUUUUUCACACUUUUAUAUUCCGAAGAUAAAAAGUUGUUUGAGUUUUUCAAUCACUUAUAAUUUAAACAAUGAUUCGCUUGUUUACAAUUAUUUUGCAACUAAAUGAUCAUCUGUUCUGUCCUGCGCGCGACUACUGCUACGUCACGUCCGUCUG